UUUAAACGACGUGAGAAGCCGGAAGUAUCGACCUCAGUCCUCACGUGUAUAACAUGAAAAACAGAAAAAAACACAACAAUGAGCCGAAAAAGGGUAAAUUUAAACCAGGGUCCAAGAAAAGAGAGAACAAGUGCAUCAUAACGUUUGACGACAAAGACAGACAGGACUAUCUUACUGGUUUCCAUAAGAGAAAAGUGGAAAGGAGGAAAGCAGCAGUGGCAGAAAUCCGAAAGAGAAUCAAGGAAGAGCAGAUCAGAGUCAGAGAAGAGAGGCAUAAGGAAUACAUAAAGAUGCUGAAGGAGAGAACAGAAGCUCUCGCGGACGCCGAAGAUGAUCUGGAAGACGCAAUAACCGCUACAACCGAGUCUGUGCAGUAUGAUCAUCCCAACCAUACAGUUACCGUGACAACCAUCAGUGAUCUUGACCUGACAGGGGCUCACCUGCUCAGUCCUGCAACACACCAGGCUGAUGAAGGGAGUGAAGCCGAAGAAAAGGGAGAAGAAGAAGAAGAGAAAACGAAUGCGAUGCCUAAAAGAGCUGGGAAUCCAAUUGUCAACAAAAAGAUCCGCUCCCUGACGGCGGCGCUUAACACUUACACCACCAAGCGGAAGAGGAAAGGGAAGCAGGAAGGCCGAGGCAGACAGGGCCGUCCGACAGACAAGAGGCCUGCCAUCACCGAGAGCAAACACAAAGGCGGAAAGACCAGCAAGCGGCAGAGACGUCGACAGACUGGGAAGAAGGUGCAUCAUCAGGACUGAAAGAGUGUUAAAUCCUGAAGACUUUAUCUUGUGUGUAAAUAAAUUUGGAGUAUUUAUGCCCCUGUGUUCGAGCAGGAUGUGCCGAGAAGUUUUUGAAAUUGAUGCUCCGUGUUUUCCAAAGUACCCGCCUCUUGAAAUCUUGUGGUCAAAAUUGUACAUUUUUCAACUGUUUUUGUAGAGUUGUUUCUGAACAAACUUCACUGUAUUUGAUUAAAGGAAAUAUUCAUCUUUUCUAACGA